AUGUCCGACUCAGCACUACCAGAGCCAACCGCUCUGCCCAAUCUGUCCGAUGCGCCCCCAUCGAGCUCCGGUCGCGAGUCGGCCCACUCGGGCGCCGUUGACCAAACGGCCAUCCCCGACGAGCUGAAGGCUCGCCUGGACAAGGUUACGCACUCCGAGAUCGGAAUUACUACUCUCCUCACUCGGUUGAAGCAGAGCGUGGCUUCCGCGAGGGAUUUCUCGACCUUCCUAAAGAAGAGAGGAGCUUUAGAGGAGGAGCAUGCUCAGGGGCUUCGGAAGCUGUCCAAGGCCGUGAAUGACGCCGCGAACCGCAGCGAGAACCGCCAGGGAACGUACAGCUCCAGCUAUAAGGAGAUUCACCGGCUACAGGAGCGCAUGGCUGAUCAUGGUCUCCAAUUCUCUGUCUCUCUUCAGCAGAUGUCCGAUGAUCUGCACGAACUCUCAUCCAACAUAGAACGCGGUCGCAAGCAGUGGAAGCAAACUGGAUUGGCGGCGGAGAAGAAGGUCAUUGAUGCUGAGGCUCAGGCAGAGAAGGCAAAGGCCAAGUAUGACUCGUUUGCCGAACAGUAUGAUCGUGUCCGCACGGGCGACAAGACGGGCGGCAAGUUUGGUCUGAAGGGUCACAAGUCGGCGGCUCAACAUGAGGAGGACCUCUUGCGCAAGGUUCAGAAUGCGGAUAGUGAUUAUCAGGCCAAGGUUCAGGCGGCUCAGACUGCUCGUCAGGAAUUGGUGUCGACUCACCGGCCUCAGGCCGUGCAUAACCUGCAAUUGUUGAUUGCGGAGUGCGAUUCGGGCCUGACUCUACAGCAGCAGAAGUUCGCUACUUUCAGCGAGAAGUUGUUGCUCAGCCAGGGUCUUUGCAUUAGCCCUCUGAAGGCUGGUGCUGAGACCGGAGCGUUCGCACCUAAAAGCCUCGCGGAGGUUGUGCGCCAGGUCGACAACCAGAAAGACCUGCACGAUUACAUCUUGAGCCACGAAGGAAACCCGGGUGCUGUGACCUCGGAACAGGUCCAAUAUGAGCGUCACCCAACCCUCGGCGGAGCUCCUGCUUCUUCCCAACCAAGCACCGCGAACAAGCGACAGUCCACGAUUCCCCCUUCUUUCUCGACCACGAGCGUUGCCUCGCCCGCUCAACCACUUCAACCCACCAACCAACACAAUCCCACGCCGUAUCCUGGAUCUGCAGAUCCCAGUUCGGCAAAUCCGUCGGUUCAGCUUCCUUACCAACCCUCAGCGCCUCCGGCAAGCGAGCCUCCUUCCACGGCUGCCGUGCCUAUACCCGGUCCUCCUCCAAUGGAGAAGGGAUCUUUGCCUCCCUUGAAGCCGGUGUUCGGAGUGCCUUUGGAGGAACUGUAUGCCCGAGAUGGAACUGCAGUGCCGUUCCUUGUGUACCAGUGUUUCCAGGCCGUUGAGCUAUUUGGUAUGAACAUGGAGGGUAUCUAUCGACUAUCCGGCAGCGCCAACCACAUCAGCCACAUGAAGGCCGUGUUCGACAAUGACUCGUCACAAGUCGACUUUACCAACCCAGAAAAUUUCUAUCACGAUGUCAACAGUGUCGCCGGACUGGUGAAGCAAUUCUUCAGGGAUUUGCCCGAUCCUCUCUUUACUUCGCAGUACUACACUCAAUUCAUCGAAGCUGCCCGAAUUGAUGAUGAUAUCCAACGUCGUGACUCGCUGCAUGCCCUCAUCAACAGCUUACCUGACGCCCACUACGCCACUCUCCGUGCCAUUAUUCUCCACCUCAAUAAGAUCCAAGAACACUACACGGAGAACCGUAUGAACGCCGGCAACCUAGCCAUCUGCUUCGGUCCAACCCUGAUGGGCGCCAACUCCGGAGGCAACAUCGCCGACGCAGGCUGGCAAGUGCGCGUGAUUGAAACGAUCCUCAACAACACCUUCCAGAUCUUCGACGAUGACUAG